CACAAUUAAAGACAUCACUUCAGGGAUGUUUACAAUGACUUCAUUCCUCGUGUUCAUAGUGGCAUUUUCUGCUUCAAUACAUUCUAGCAAGGCAGUGGAUUCAUGUCUAGAGCUGACCUGUACAUUACAAUGCACCAGUGGGUUUGUAUAUGAUGCUAAUGACUGUAAAAUAUGUCAGUGUAUGGAUCCGUGUGAUAAUGUUAUAUGUCCAGCUGAUUCAUACUGUGAAGUGCCAACAUGUAUAACAGCCCCCUGUAACCCAGAAUGUACAAAAUGUGCACCAGUGCUAUGCGAGAUGUUCUGUCCCAAUGGAUUUGACACUGAUGUGAAUGGAUGUGAGAUAUGCAAAUGCAGAGAAUGUGAAGAGCUUCUCUGUGACAGCUACUGCCCACAUGGCCAUGUGAAAGACAAAUAUGGAUGCGACACAUGUAACUGCAACCCUGAUCCAUGCGACGGCGUUGAAUGUCCAGUUGGAAAACAGUGUUACCCAUGCACAAGUCCAACAUGUUCCACAAAAUAUCAAUGUGAAUGUGGGCUGGCAUGUUCAACGGUCUGCCGAUAUGGGAAUGCUAUGAACACUGCUGGAUGUCCAACAUGUAGUUGCUGUGAUAGACCUGGGAAAGGGUGUCGGCGAAAAUGUCCAACAGGCUAUAUCAAAAGUCCAGAUGGGUGUACCACAUGUGAAUGUAAACCAAAAACAUGUGAGGGAAUGACGUGUCCUUCUGACCAGACUUGUAAGAUGGUUGAUGUUUGGUGUGUCAAACAACCAUGCAUUUCACCAAUCCCAAUGUGUGUUGAAAAGAAGCUGGUAUGUCCCAGCGCAAAGGGAAUGCUUGGUUUAUGCGUUGAAUUGUGUAGCAGCACUCAACCAUGUACUGAAGAUGGACAGCUGUGUUGUUCAAAUGGCUGUGGACAUAGCUGCCAAACUGGCAUUUUGGUUUAAAGUGCAUCUUAGAAGGUCAAAAGUGGACUUUAAAAAUGCCAACCACUUGGAUUAAAUAUCUUACAAGACUUCAAAGGCAAUAUGAAUAGAUAUGAUUUUCUAGUUUAACUUCAGAAAUAGCAGUUAUUUGUGAUAAAACUUUAACAGACACUGUUACAGAAAAUUGAAUGGAAAUCCAUUUUGAUCAAUAUUUAUCAACUGUUAAGGUCUAUAAAAACAUGUUUCUUGUCUAUAUGUUGAAAAUAAAGCUAUAUUGUUAGGUAAUGAUUUAUCUUAAA